AUGAUUAAUCUCUGCACCCGGCAGGAAGAAAAACCUGCAGACAAGGAAAAUGAAGACAAGAAAGAUGAUGAAGGCCCUGCCCCAACGCCGACUCCAGCACCAGCUCCAGAACCAGCAGCACCGGCCUCAAAACCAGAACCGGCCCCCAAACCAGAGGAGAAACCUGCAGACCCGGCCAACGGCCAGCCACCUGCUGAAGGUGAGGAGGCCCCUUCCCCUGAGUCCCGACCCAUUGUGAUAAGCAAGCAUUUUGAUGCUCAACUCAUUGAGAUUGUUCAGCAUUACCGGCAACGGACAGAACAGUUUAAAGAAAAGAUCAUUGACCCCUAUGCAUCCUCUCCAGAGCGCAGCCCUCCUGUCACACCUGUCCUGAGAAAGGAUGACUACUUGAAGUUGGUGGAGGAGAGGAAACGAAAAGAAGAGGAGGACAAGAAAAGAAAAGAGGAGGAGGAGAAGAAAAAGAAAGAGGAGGCAGAGAGAAAAAAUAAAGAGGAGGAGGAGAAGAAAAAAGCAGACAAGCCUGGGGAAAAGAAAGAGGAAAAACAGGAGGAGAAGAAAGAUGACAAGGCAGACAAAGAGCAGAAGUCCAUCUACCCAAAAAUGAAGUGCACCUGUGUAGAUUUCCUGCUGAAGCCCAUCGAGAACAGAAUGGACAAAAGACUGGACACCUCCAUCGAUCCGUUCACAGACUGCAGGUAUAUUGCUUGGCUAAGCUUGGUGACCAUUGCCUUCAACUAUAACCUGUGGUUCAUACCGGUCCGUAUGGCCUUCCCGUAUCAUGACCCAGCGUCUGUUCCAUUGUGGUUUACCUUGGACAUCAUUGCUGACAUCAUCUAUGUCAUCGACAUGAUCGUUUUCCAGCCACGACUGCAGUUCUGUAAAGGGGGAGACAUCAUUUAUGACAGAGUUGUGAUUAAAAAUAAAUAUCGAGAAUCGUCAAGGUUUCAGAAUGAUGUCCUAUCCAUCCUGCCUUCAGACCUGUUAUAUUUCCCGUUUGGAUUCAAGUCUGUCUUCAGGCUCAAUCGUUUGAUGAAGUCUGAAGCAUUUUUUGAGUUCAGUGACCGUCUUGAAGGGAUCAUGACCAAAGCGUACAUCUGGAGAGUAAUUCGCACCAUUGGAUACCUGAUGUUUAUUCUCCAUCUCAACGCAUGUCUUUACUACGUGGCAUCUGACUACCAGGGGAUUGGCAAAACCAAAUGGGUGUACAGCGGAGAAGGCAGCGCGUACUUGCGCAGUUACUAUUUUGCCGUGCGGACUCUGAUCAACAUCGGUGGUCUGCCUGAGCCUCACACAGUCUUUGAAAUCACCUUUCAAUUAACAAACUUUUUUGUUGGUGUCUUUGUCUUCUCAAGUUUGAUUGGACAGAUGAGAGAUGUCAUUGGAGCAGCUACUGCCGGCCAGACGUACUUCCGUGCAUCUAUGGAUGCUUGUGUGGCGUACAUGGUGACAAACCGCAUCCCCAAGCUGGUUCAAAGCAGAGUGCGCACCUGGUACAACUACACCUGGGACUCCCAGGGCAUGCUGGAUGAGUCUGAGCUUCUGGAACAGAUGCCUCUGGUGAUGAGAACAGCCAUCGCUGUGGACAUCAACCUUGCUACUUUCCAAAAGAUCGACCUCUUUAAGGGUUGUGACAACCAGAUGCUUGUGGACAUGUUAUUGAGGCUAAAGUCCAUUGUGUACUUGCCUGGAGACUUUGUGUGCAAGAAGGGUGACAUUGGAAAGGAAAUGUACAUCAUUAAGGCCGGAGAGGUGCAGGUCAUCGGUGGGCCGGACAAUAAGAUUGUGUUUGUGACUCUGAAGGCAGGCUGUGUGUUCGGAGAGAUCAGUUUGCUACAGUCUUCAGCCAAUGGAGGAAACAGAAGAACCGCUAAUGUAGCGGCACAUGGGUUCGCCAACCUCUUCGUACUGGAUAAGAAAGACCUCAAUGACAUCCUGAUUCACUACCCAGAGUCUCAGAAAGUGCUGGCCAGGAAGGGACGGAAACUGCUGAAAGCCAAGGGUCCCCCUCCUGCUGCUAAAGGCAACGAGGAAAAGAAGAAAGGACUGGCUCAGUUCGGACAAAAACCUCCCACUCCCAAACUUUUGCGUGCCUUUGCAGGAGGAGCAUUCACCAAAAAAGGCUUUAUGGACAGACUUAAGACUGCCGCUACAUCAGAAUGUCAAUAAUCGCAUGAAAUACAUUAAAGAUGUCUCUUUAAGGAU